CUCUUGGCUAAAACCAGGCGCUCAGUAGUGCAAGUGAAGGAGCCGAAGAGCGACGAGUGAGUGUGCGUUCCUCUGGAUAUCUACCUGAUCGAGAAGCUAACUUCACUUAACGCACGCUUUUCGCAACCAGCAGACAGAGACACCCUCCUCCCUCGCACGAUACCCUCUAUAUAGAGGUGAAAUAUUUAUUCAAAAUGGCGUCAUCACGUCUUAGUCUCGUCCUAUUGGCUGUCCUAAUCGCCAUCGCCGUGGCUGCCUCAGAUGGCCCGGUGCGUAGAAGACUGCGUAGACCAAUUAAAUCAUCAAGCUCUAGUUCCUCAAGCCCUGCAGCGGAAGAGGCAGUUCCCGCUGCGCCGGUGCCGUCCAGGUCUGCGGUGACGGCCCUGCGCACGCGCGGCGACCAGGAAGUGUCUGCCAGCGUUAACCGGCUGCGCGUGCGCAACAGGCCGAGCGCCGGCUCCAAGAGCACCAGCAGCAACACCGUCAGCACCAGCACGGGCCCUGACGAGGAUGGCUACAAGGUGGUGUGUUACUACACCAAUUGGUCGCAGUAUAGACCUAAACACGGCAAAUUCUCCCCCGAAGACAUCCAGCCCGACCUCUGCACUCACAUCAUUUUUGCCUUCGCCUGGCUGAAGAAGGGAAAGAUCUCGUCCUUCGAGUCGAACGAUGAGACCAAGGAUGGAAAGACCGGUCUCUACGACAGAAUCAUGACCCUCAAAAAGGCCAACCCUAAGCUCAAGAUCCUCAUGGCUAUUGGUGGAUGGUCUUUCGGCACGCAGAAAUUCAAGGACAUGUCGUCGACCAGGUACGCUCGGCAGACGUUUAUCUACAGCAGCAUCCCCUUCCUGCGCGACAGAAAUUUCGACGGACUGGACAUGGAUUGGGAGUACCCCAAAGGCUCUGACGAUAAGAAGAACUUUGUCCUCCUCCUGAAAGAACUGAGAGAAGCGUUCGAGGCCGAAGCCCAAGAAGUCAAGAAGCCCCGUCUUCUACUGACCGCUGCUGUCCCUGUUGGACCUGACAAUGUUCGCGGAGGAUAUGACGUCCCCGCUGUUGCUGGAUACUUGGACUUCAUCAACCUGAUGGCCUACGAUUUCCACGGCAAGUGGGAGCGCGAGACCGGCCAUAACGCCCCCCUGUACGCGCCCUCGUCCGACUCAGAGUGGCGCAAGCAGUUGAGCGUGGACCACGCCGCCAGCAUGUGGGUGAAGCUGGGGGCGCCCAAGGACAAGCUGGUCAUCGGCAUGCCAACCUACGGACGUACUUUCACCCUCGCCGACAAGAACAACUUCCGCGUCAACGCGCCCGCCAGCGGUGGUGGCAAAGCUGGAGAUUACACCAAGGAGGGUGGAUUCCUCGCUUAUUACGAGGUUUGUGACAUGCUGAGAGCUGGAGCAACUUACAUUUGGGAUGAAGAGAUGAAGGUGCCCUAUGCCGUUCAGGAUGAUCAGUGGGUUGGAUUUGACGACGAGCGUUCUAUCAGAAACAAAAUGCAAUGGAUCAAGGAUAAUGGCUUCGCUGGCGCCAUGGUUUGGACCGUGGACAUGGAUGAUUUCACCGGCACCAUCUGUGGAGGAGGAGUCAAGUAUCCCUUGAUUGGAGCUAUGAGGGAGGAGCUGCGCGGAAUUCCUCGUGCCGGCAACGCCAAGGACAUUGACUGGAGCAAAGUGACCAACUCGGUGUCUGACAAGGACGAGCCGAAACCGUCGCCGAUCAAGAUUUCCGUGAGCGAUCUGCUGAACAGGGCCAAGCCCCAGCGCAAGCAGAGCACCGCCCUCGCCACCGCUGCACCUGCCGUGGACACUAACUCUCGACCCGCCCAAGUUUUGUGCUACGUUACCAACUGGUCUCAGAAGAGACCUGGUCUUGGCAAAUUCACCCCUGAGGACGUUGAUACCAAACUUUGCACCCACGUGAUUUACGCUUUCGCGACAAUCAAGGACCAUAAACUGACCGAAUCCGACGCAAAGGAUCCUGAAAUGUACGAGCGAGUUGUCAAACUGAGAGAAAAGAACGCCAACCUGAAGGUUCUUUUGGCCAUCGGUGGCUGGGCUUUCGGCUCAACGCCUUUCAAAGAGUUGACCAGCAACACCUUCAGAAUGAAUCAGUUCGUGUAUGAUGCCAUUGAGUUCCUGCGCGAGUACAAAUUCGACGGUCUGGAUGUCGAUUGGGAGUACCCCAGAGGCGCUGACGAUAAGAACGCCUACGUCAACUUGCUGAAGGAACUGCGUCUCGCUUUUGAAGGCGAGGCCAAGAGCUCUGGACAGCCCAGGCUGCUGCUCACCGCCGCGGUGCCUGCCAGCUUUGAAGCCAUCGCCGCUGGAUACGAUGUACCUGAAAUUUCCAAGUACCUGGACAUGAUCAAUGUCAUGACUUAUGAUUUCCACGGCCAAUGGGAAAGACAAGUUGGCCACAAUGCCCCUCUAUACCCUCUUGAAAGUGCCACCUCAUAUCAGAAGAAGCUCACAGUUGACUACAGUGCCCGCGAAUGGGUGAAGCAAGGUGCCCCCAAGGAAAAGCUCAUGAUCGGCAUGCCCACCUAUGGCCGCUCGUUCACUCUGGUGGAGAAAACCAAGUUUGACAUCGGCGCCCCCGCUUCUGGAGGCGGCAGCCCUGGAAAAUACACUGCUGAGGCUGGAUUCAUGUCAUACUAUGAAGUGUGCGACUUCCUGCACGGAGACAACACCACCCUUGUUUGGGACAACGAACAGCAAGUGCCAUUCGCCUACAGGGACGACCAAUGGGUUGGAUUUGAUGACGAACGCUCACUGAAAACCAAGAUGGGCUGGCUGAAGGAGGAAGGAUUUGGAGGAAUCAUGAUCUGGUCCAUCGACAUGGAUGACUUCCGAGGCUCUUGCGGCACUGGAAAGUAUCCCCUGCUCAACGCUAUGCGCCAGGAAAUCGAAGGUUACAGAGUUUCUCUUGAGUACGAAGGACCCUAUGAGAGCUCCAACCCUGGCUCCAAGGGAUACACCACAAAGGAUCCAAACGCAGUUGUUUGCGAAGAGGAGGAUGGUCACAUCUCUUACCACCGCGACAAGCUGGACUGCACCAUGUACUACAUGUGCGAGGGUGAGCGCAAACACCACAUGCCCUGCCCGGCUCAGCUCGUGUUCAACGCCAACGAGAACGUGUGUGACUGGCCCGAGAACGUGGAGGGAUGCAUGCACCACACACAGGCGCCUCCUGCUGCCAAGCGGAGAUAAACGAGAGUGGCCACAAAGUGAUUAGCCAGGACUGUGAGGCCCAAGCGAGUGUAGUGGCACCCACGAUUGGGCCCAUUCGUUUAACUCUAAGUUCAAAUUUGACGACAAAAAUUGUAUUAAACUAUUUUUAAAUUAAUUUUGAGCAUUCGUCCGUAUUGUGCAGAACAGAGGCUUGUUUCAGAUUUUCUCACCUGCGGAUGACAAACAUGGCAGCGACACUUUUUCCAUUUAAAAUGCUGUGAAAUUAACUACAAACUUAAAUCACGUUUUAACGCUGUUAGGAAACAUUGAAUUAACGUCUGCUUUUGCCGCAUCCGCAGACUUUAAGUGUUUAGUUGAGUGAGAUCCAAACCGACCGAUGCCAAGUUUUUCACCCAAUCUAUCAGUUUUAGCUUUAAAGUUAUCAAACUUGUGAUCCGCCCUAGAAAGAAUAACGCAGGUGCUUGGUCCAACAACCUUUUUAUAUUACACACGCAAUAUAUUUAUGAUUCUUAUUUUAUACAUAGUAGUUGUUAGGGAGUUAUGCUGGUAAAUAUGCAGAACAUGCGUGAUCGAGUGAGUGAGUGCGACUCCGAGUUUGACGAAAUAAAUGAGUUGUGUGCGCCAUUCUCAGCAUCUGAUGAGUGCAUACCAAUUUUCUACGCUCUCUUUCAAUCAAAAGAGAUCAUUUCAUUUGAUGGUUGAGUGAUAAUAAAAUUACACAAUUGACUAAAUAA